CAAAAUAGAUCGGGGGGGAAAAUCACGAAGAUAAAUAGCGAAAUUUUGGAUAUCUGGGCAUUAAAAAGAAGAGGAGGUUUGGUUUCGUUGGCGAAGAUCGGUUCGCUCCAGGAACGCUUCAACGGCACUAAUUUCCGGCUUCAGAAAUGAUGCGCGGUUGAAUCCCUGGGGCUAGCAGGCGGCGGCGGCGGCGGCGGCGGCGGCGGCGGCAUUGUAAUCAGGUCUUCGGCUUGAGGAAGAUCUGAAGGUGUUGGAGGAGGAGGAGGGGAAAAUGAGCGCAUCGAGGUUCAUCAAGUGCGUCACUGUCGGCGACGGUGCCGUUGGUAAAACUUGCUUGUUGAUUUCUUAUACCAGCAACACUUUCCCCACGGACUAUGUGCCAACGGUGUUUGACAAUUUUAGUGCAAAUGUGGUGGUUAAUGGAAGUACUGUCAAUUUGGGAUUGUGGGAUACUGCUGGACAAGAGGAUUAUAACAGAUUAAGACCUCUAAGUUACCGCGGAGCAGAUGUUUUCAUACUUGCUUUCUCUCUCAUAAGCAAGGCCAGCUAUGAAAAUGUUUCUAAGAAGUGGAUUCCAGAAUUAAAGCAUUAUGCACCUGGUGUGCCCAUAAUUCUCGUGGGAACCAAGCUGGAUUUGCGAGAUGAUAAGCAGUUCUUUAUAGACCAUCCUGGUUCAGUGCCUAUUACGACCCAGCAGGGAGAGGAAUUAAGGAAGCUGAUUGGAGCUCCUGCAUACCUUGAAUGCAGUUCGAAAACCCAACAGAAUGUGAAGGGCGUCUUUGACGCAGCCAUAAGGGUUGUGCUUCAACCACCAAAACAGAAGAAAAAGAAGAGCAAAGCACAAAAAGCCUGCUCAAUAUUGUGAUCGAGACUAGGUGUAAAGAGAUUGUAACAACUUUUCCAACCUGCCUGUAUCUCCUUUCGUUCUUUGUUCGUUCUACUGGUAAGCAGCUGCUUUUGUUGUGGGCCAUUCCUCGUCUCGACUAACAAAAACUCAGUCCUCAGAGCAUCUGGUGCUAUUGGGUACCCUUUUAUUGAUGUCAUGAUCUCUAAUUACAAUCAUCAUCAUUGUGUUAUCCACUCUUUUCUUAACGCCAUUUCUGAUUUUGCUUUAUCUAUUAUGAGACUCCACUUAGGAA